AUAAUCGGAGGGAGCGAAUCAAUUCCACACUCAAGACCUUAUAUGGCUGCGCUUGUCAAACGAGAAGAUAUAUUAUGCGGAGGAACCUUGAUUGACAAAAAAUGGGUGUUAACAGCAACCCAUUGCUUUCCGACCAAAGUUACACAAGUUGUGCUUGGGGCUCAUUCACUAAGUAGAAGAGAAAGAGGAAAACAGCUCUUCAGCAUUACUGAAGAGUAUUUUUAUCCAGGCUAUAAUGCACAGACAAUGGAAAAUGACAUUAUGCUUUUGCAGCUUAAUAAAAAUGCAAAGAUCACAAAAACUGUGAAAACCAUUCAGCUUCCCAGCACUAAGACUUCCAGUGAUGUCCAGGCAGGAACUCAGUGUCUAGUUGCUGGAUGGGGAGCUACAGGCAAUGGAGAGACAUCUGAUACUCUGCGUGAAGUGAAUGUCACCAUCUUUGACAGAAGUUUCUGCAAUGAUAAGAAUCACUAUAAUAAACCAAAUUAUGUGACCAAAAAUAUGCUGUGCGCAGGAGACGAGAAUGGAGAGAAGGAUUCUGCUAGAGGUGACUCUGGUAGUCCUUUGAUAUGUGAUGGGAAACAAAGAGGCAUUGUCUCCUUUGGUGAUCCCCAGUUGCCUGGGGUCUAUACUCGUCUUACAAAAGAUUAUCUCUUAUGGAUCAAGAAAACCAUGACAGAAAACUCAUAGAUAUCAUUUCUUGAUCUCCUUAAUAUAACUUUUUAAGCUUGUGCCUUAGUUUAUGUUUCUCUCAUUCUCUGUAACUGUACUGUCAGAUAAGUAGCAACCAUUUCCACAGAUGGCAGAGGGUGGGGAUGGAGCCUAAACUCUUGUCUUACAACUCCUUUUCCAAAAUUCAGUCAAUUGGCUGUACAAUAAUCUGAUUGCCUCCGGCAAGAAUCUGCAAGACAUACUGUGCAAUGUUCCACCUGCCUUAUAAUGUAAUGGGCAUGCAUUUGUGCAAGAGUGUUUUUGUGCAAGAUGUAAGAAUUGCACAAACACAGGUGUAAUGGAUGGCCAUUAAGUCCAAUGACCAUCCCUUGCACAACUGCAUUUGAAUAAUUCUUAAGCCUUGAACAAGAGAACUCUUGAACAACUGCAUGUGUGUGCCAUAAAAGGCAGAUGGAACCUUGCACAGUUUGUCAGCCGGUAGAUAUUCAGGUAGAGAGUCCAUUUUGCUUUCCCCAUGCUGCUAGCAUACAAAACCCGGCUUGCAAGACCAAAUAGCAAGUAUAGAGAAAAGGCAUUUAUUCAGCACAGUCACCAGAACCUUCGGCUUGGUUCUGAUGGGUUUUUAGAUAAUAGUUUUCAUUCACAAGCCAUGAUCUCCGAACUAUAUGUCACAUUACCUUUUUCCUGCUUUUUUUUUUUUUUACCCAUGAACCCUUUGGUGCUAAUUGCUGUCAUUCUGAGAGAUAUUAAUGUAAAUGAGAGAGCUAUUAUUCCUAUUAUUUUGCCUAGCAGCUACAGUAGUUAAGAGCAAU